AUUCUCCCGAUUUGACAUUAGCGCAUCAUGGGGCUCUUCGAAAUGAUUCCGUCGCUGGUAGACUGGGCGUGGACGUUUGUACAGCCAGAGUACGAGCUCUUACGACUGGCCAAGAAAGGAGAUCAUGCUGCGGUGGCCGCAUACCUCCUGCAACACUCGACGGAACAAGUCCAAGCAGCUGCCAACUACAUCGACGCCGCUGGCCGGUCGCCCCUUGUCGUGGUGUGCCGCGAAGGACAUGUGGAAUGUCUUCAUAUGAUGCUGCAACACCCUAUAUUUCACGCGAUGUUUCCCGCAUAUGCAGAUGGAAAUGGGAAUACCCUUCUCCAUCAUGCAUGUUUCCAAGGCCAAGCCGAAGUUGUCCGGUACCUCCUCCAACAAAGCGUUGCCGCGUGUCGGUUGAACCACAGAUUGCAAUCCCCCCUCGAUGCCGCAAGAACUCGUUUCCAUGACGAAGAGUUCGCUCCAAGUCGAUUCCUUACCUGCAUCGACAUGCUUGAACAGCGAUGCACGAUCUUUGAAGGGUGGCUCUACGAAAGCACUGACAACUUUGCCUCCAACAUACUCGGGGUCAGCUCGCUCCAGUCUUGGAAGCGGCGGUACUGCGUCGUUCUCGAGACCGCGCUUCCUUCGUACGUCGAAAUGGUGUUUUAUGGCUUCACCGCGCAAAAAGGACACCCGUCCGAGUGGACGCGGUCGUUUACCCCCACGUCGCUUGUACUCGCGCGCAUCGACGACGACAUUGCGUUCAACAGCAAGCAAAAGAUCUUCAACAGCAAGCAGUUUGCAUUCUCCCUUCCAUGCCGCAAGAAGGCCGUCGCCGCGCCCGUCACGGACGUCCACGGCUUCAACGCGUUGGCGUCCAUGGAAUUUGCCGCCGUGGACGCCGACGGCUACGACUCAUGGAGCCACUUUUUCGUGGUGGGGGCGGUACGUUGUGAUCAUCUGUAACCCUUAGCUUCUGUAGCUAAUUUACGAUCUAGCAUCGUCAUAACUCACCUGGGCGAUCCUUGGCGCUUCGCCCGCCGCCGCAUGAGGCCGUUGCACUUGCCGCGCCCAGCGCCCCGUCCAUGGAAUCGAUUCAUUUUGAAGAAGUGGUCAAGCCGGCAGUGGCGCCGCCGCCGCCGUCGGGGGACGAGUGCGUCGUGUGCUUUGACGGACCCAUCGAAGCCGUCUGCGUGCCGUGCGGUCAUCACGUCAUGUGCAUGGACUGUGCCAACGCGGUCAUGGGCGCGGGCGGUGAGUGCCCCGUCUGCCGCGCCACCCUUUGCCAAGUGAUCAAGUUGUUUCGCGCCUAAUAUUAUUUCUAAUACUACAAUGAAUAGUAUAUUACCAUGUUAAGGAUUUUAUCGUAACGUUGUGCUAUUGUAUUGUCGAUUUUUCGAAAUUCGAGAUCAAUGACCAGAAGAACCAAAUCAGCAGACAAUCGAUUGACGAAUCAAAACACAGAACACGAAUCA